CUUUUGGGUUUGGGUAAAUUUGGUAUGGGGCUGGAAUGGAGGGCUAUAUAAAUGGUUCAUGGGUGCCGUAACUCACUGUUUCAACACCAACAGACUUGACGACCAAACUUUCUCGUAGAAAAGUAAAAAAAAACACGCUCUCAAAUUCAUUCCCUCUGUUUUUCCCUUCCCCUUCCCCUGACCAUUGCUGCUUCCCUGCAAUCUAGGGUUCUUUUUUCCUUUCUCUCUCUUGUCUUUCCAAACUCUUCCUAGUUUUCUAAUUUAUGCUCUUCGAUCUCUGUUACCAAUCCCCUUGAAUCCAGGAUUUGUGAAUCGGUCAUGACGAUUCCUGAUUCGGGCUUCAUGAUGGAAAACGGGGUGAGUUGCUUACCUCUCCCACCGGAGGAAGAGAACAGGAUCAUAACGGAACUCACCAACCAAUCAGACGCCAAUAUGAAGGAAGGCAAUUUGUACUACGUCAUUUCCAAUAGGUGGUUUUUAAGCUGGCAGAGAUAUGCUACACAAGGAGUUACUGAAUAUUUAACUGAAGAGCAGUUACGGUCCCCUGGAACUCAAGAAAUGAGUGUGCAUCCUCCAAAGAGAGUGGAAAGACCUGGACAGAUUGAUAAUUCUGAUAUUGUUUUAGGAGUAAAUGGUCGUGAGGGUGAUGAACCUGAGCUUCGUAGGAUGUUGGAAGAAGGACAGGAUUAUGUUCUAGUUUCUCAAGAAGUUUGGGAAAAGCUUUUUGACUGGUACAAAGGAGGACCAACAUUACCGAGAAAGUUGAUUUCACAGGGUGUCCUUCACAAGAAUUUUAUUGUGGAGGUUUACCCACUUUGUCUUAAGGUGAUUGAUCCUAGAGAUAACAGUGAAUCAGUUCUUAGGUUAAGCAAAAAGGCUUCUGUGCAUGAGCUUUACCAGAAGGUAUGUGCUCUUCGAGGAUUAGAGCAACAAAAGGUUGAUAUAUGGGACUUCUUUAAUAAGCAGAAGCAUUCACUGUUACAUGCUUCAAACCAGACGUUGGAAGAGUCAGACUUGCAGAUGGAUCAAGAAAUUCUUCUUGAGGUGCGUGAUGGAAGCUACACUAAAUUUGGCAUGGAUUCAACAGGAAAUCAGUUGGCAUUGGUACCUAUAGAACCUUCAAGGUCUUCAGUGACAAUUGCAGGGGGCCCUACAAUUUCGAAUGGUCACUCAUCAGGUUAUAGUUCAAACUUAUAUCGGGGGACUAGUUUAGGUUCAACAUUCUCAGAUAUAGAUGAAGGAUAUGAUUUUUAUAAGUUGAGAAAAGGAGAAAGAGGAGGCUUGGCUGGAUUGCAGAAUCUGGGAAAUACUUGCUUUAUGAAUAGUGCAAUCCAAUGUUUAGUUCAUACGCCCCCUCUUGUUGAGUAUUUCUUGCAAGAUUACAGCGAUGAGAUCAACACGGACAAUCCUUUAGGAAUGCAUGGUGAACUUGCACUUGCCUUUGGUGAGUUGUUGAGGAAAUUGUGGUCCUCUGGUCGAACUGCAAUUGCACCACGUGCAUUUAAAGGAAAACUUGCUCGAUUUGCUCCCCAGUUCAUUGGCUAUAAUCAGCAUGAUUCUCAAGAACUUCUUGCAUUCUUACUAGAUGGGCUGCAUGAAGAUUUGAAUCGUGUCAAACUAAAGCCUUAUAUUGAAACAAAAGAUUCAGAUGAUCGCCCAGAUGAGGAAGUUGCAGAUGAGUGUUGGAGAAAUCAUAAGGCUCGCAAUGAUUCAUUGAUUGUGGAUGUCUGCCAAGGUCAAUAUAAGUCAACGCUGGUUUGCCCAUCCUGUGGAAAGAUUUCAAUCACUUUUGACCCUUUUAUGUACUUGUCAUUGCCACUACCUUCAACAGUUACUCGGCCAAUGACAGUGACUGUGUUUUAUGGUGAUGGAGGUGGUCUUCCAAUGCCAUACACUGUUACUUUGCUAAAACAAGGUUGCUGUGAAGAUCUUAUUGAAGCAUUAAGUGCUGCUUGUUGCUUGAAAAGUGAUGAAAUUUUCCUACUUGCAGAGGUUUAUGAGCAUCGAAUUUUUCGUUAUUUGGAGAACCUAUCAGAACCAUUGUCUUCAAUUAAGGAGGAUGACCGUAUUGUGGCAUACCGACUUCCUAAAACUGCAGCAAGGAAAACUAGACUUGAAGUAGUACAUCAGCCACACGAAAAAUGUGUAUCAGAUUGUAUUAAAAGUAGUCAGGCCAAGUAUAUGGGCACUCCUCUGGUUACUUACUUGGGAGAAGACCCAGUAAGUGGAGCUGAUAUUAAUAUGGCUGUUUCAAGAUUGCUGUCACCUUUGAAAAGAACACAUCCUUCUUCAGUUAAACUCCAUGGUGGAAAGGAGAAUGGCUUUGUUGAAGAAGCUAUUCAGGAACAAUCGAAUGGCCACAAUUUGAGGAGCCUUUCCAUGGAAAAUACAGAACCAGUGGAAACAUCCAGCAGGGAAUUGUCCUUUCAGCUUUUUCUUACCGAUGUAAAUGGUUCAAACCGCAAGCCAAUUGAGAAGGAUUCUUGCAUAAAUUCACGUCAAGUUGUAAAGGUUUUGCUGGAGUGGACCGACAAAGAAAUUGGAUUAUAUGAUAUAAGCUAUCUCAAGGAUCUCCCUGAGGUUCAGAAGACUGGGUUUACUGCAAAGAAAACUCGGCAAGAAGCUAUUUCUCUAUUUAAAUGCUUGGAGGCAUUUUUGACAAAGGAACCUCUAGGGCCUGAUGACAUGUGGUACUGUCCAAGGUGUAAGGAACAUAGACAAGCUACCAAGAAACUUGACUUGUGGAUGUUGCCUGAUAUUCUUGUUUUUCACUUGAAACGAUUUUCAUAUAGCAGAUAUUCAAAGAACAAACUUGACACUUUUGUGAAUUUUCCAAUUCAUGAUCUUGAUUUGAGCAAAUACGUGAUAAGCAAGGAUGGAAAACCUCACGUGUAUGAACUAUAUGCCAUUAGCAAUCAUUAUGGUGGUCUAGGUGGUGGACAUUACACUGCAUAUGCCAAGUUGAUCGAUGAAAACAGAUGGUACCAUUUCGACGAUAGUCAUGUUUCUCCUGUAGGUGAAUCUGAGAUCAAGACUUCAGCUGCCUAUGUGUUAUUCUAUCAAAGAGUUAGGAGCAGUGAGCCAAAGGCUGGAGUGGGUGAGACAUCUUACAGUAGUAUGGGUUCUUGAGGAUGUAGAUCAAAUGUGUGCGUGUUUGUUGCAGCAUUAUGACACUUUGGAGGAUCCUUCCAACCCGAGUAGGCUAGCUAACUCGGUUCAAGAAUUGUGAGCCAUAGAUGAGCAUCAUUAUGCUUUUGCUGGCUGCCCAGACAUGUCUAUCCGCAAGUUGAAGAUGAUAGGGAUUGAAUUCUGGCAUUGAUGGAGCCUUGGUGUGAGGGUUAUGCACAACAUGGCUGGUGGAAUUGGACGUCCUGUUCGAUAUUCAUUCAUAUGUUCCUCUUUUUUUUUUUUUUUUGGUGGUGGGGGAAGAAAAAGUUUUUGGAGGCAUACUAGGUUGGUCAAGAUUCCUGCGGCCCUGCUUGAUAUGUGAUAUGGGCAUGGCCGGCAAAAGGGCAGGGCCAGUUAUGCCUUAGCCUAGGCCCAUAAAAAAUAAAGGUCUAAAAUAAAAAUGUCACUAAAUGUAGGACCUUUUAUGCGGACAGAGAUUUGACUAAAGGGUUAUUCGACGUAUCCUGGCCUUGAAACAAGUCUUACAGGAUAAUGAGGAAUUUGGAAGUAAGAAUGUUAUUAUCAAAUUUAGUUGUUGUAUAAUACUUUUUAUUUAUUUAUUAUUAUAUAUAUUUAUUUAUUUAUUUGUCUUUA